AUGAAUGAAAAUGUGAAUGUAGUAUUACCGGGGAAACAGAAAUUUGUUGAAAAUGAAGAUACUGAAAAUAAUGAAAAUAGUUACAAUCAGAGUACUUCAAAGAGUGUUAGAGACAUGAAAUUGGUAGCAUAUGAUGACAGUGAGAAUCAAAGAAAUGAGUAUAAAGUGGAUAAUAGUGAAGUUAAAGAAAGUGGGAUGCAAGUAAAGAAGGACGAAAGUAUUAUAAUGUCGGAGGUAAUUGGAACGCAGUCUAUUGAAGAAGAAAAAAUUGAACAAAGUAAAGUGCAAAGUAUAAGACAAGAUGGUUUGAAAGUAAUAAAUAAAUUUAACUUUAUUAAUGCGUCUUUUAAUCAAGUGAAUAGAAAGAGUAAGCAAAAUAUGGUCAGUAGUGAUAAAAAAGUAAGAAAACGGAAAAGAAGUCAUAAAAACAAUGUGGAUGAACUGAAUGAGUUACAAAUUUGUGAUGAAAAAGAUAAUAUAAUAAAAAGAAAUUUAAUGGAGAGUGACGAAGGUAUGGAAGUUUUAUAUAGUGCCAAGUAUGAUAAAAGUAUUGAAAAAUGUACGGUAAGAUUAGUUGGAAAGGAUAAUAAUAUAGUGUUAAAUGAAAGUGACAUCAUAGGAGAGAUGAAAGAAAGGUGGGAAAAUGAAGUGUUAACAAAUGGAAGCAAAGACAAUAAUACGAGUGAAGUACAAUGUAAUUCAAAAGAAAGUAGUGUUUCUAUUGAAAAUAAUAAAGUGCAAAGUACAGAAAUAUUGGUUGAAAACAAGAACAACAAUUUAAAUGAAGAAAAUAUCCAAUGUAAAAAAUCCUUGAAUAUGAAAAACAAGUUGGAUUUACAGAAAAAAAAUAUAGAAAUAACGGGGGAAAAAUUCAACAUUGUUGACGUAAGACCGGAUGGAAAUUGCCUUUUCAGAUGUUUCUCUAAAUUUUUAAAUUCAAAAACAAAUAAUUUGGAAGGGUCUGAAAACAAACAGUUGGACAUUCGAAAGAAAAUUGUUAAAUAUGUCGUACGUAAUUGGGAAAAUUUCGCUGAUAAAGAUAAUUACAAAAAUGUUGAAGAAUAUGAGAAGUAUAUGGGAAGAUCUGCAACUUAUGGUAUAGAUUCAGAAAUAGCAAUUUUUUCCAAAUUGUACUCAGUCAUUGUGGAAUUGUGCACGGUUAAGUCUGAAGCUACCAGUCUGAAAAAAACAGAAAUUUUAGAAAGCGAUUUGAUUGAUGGAUUUAUAUUUGAGUGUUAUGAAAGUGAAGUACGUGAAGAAAAAAAAUGA